UCGUGUUUAUGCUAUAUUCUUGUGCAGGAGAAGUUGCUCCGGAUGGAGCGUUUAGUAAAAGAAUUAUAUUUUGAGAACAUGCGAGGCAAACAGCCAUGGAUGGAGGCGCGACCAGUACUAGCUGACGUUUUAAGAACAAGACUCGCGUUAACAAGAGAAGUGUCUACUGCUGAAAUUGUAAUACCCCAAUUUGUCAAAAAACCUACCUCAAUAUGCUGGGCAUUGGCCGAUGCCGCAGUGAAAACCAAGAUGGUUAUCGAUAAAGAUGUGGCUACCGCAGUGAAAAAUUUUCUCUUAAACUAUGUCGAAGUCCACGGCUUGCCUAGCCCA